AUGUCGACAUCACAGAAUCUCGCUCCAAAUGACUGGUUUGAGCAUCCGGAAUUGCUGCCGCCGCGCCCGCUGGGCCUCACGGAAACUAAGUACAUACGUCGUUUCGCAAUCGACCUUCACGGGGCUAAAUGUCAUGAUCAGUACGUUUUCCUAGCUCCAAACGGUCUGGCAGUCAUCGGCCUAGCGCCAUCUCACCCGCUAGUUGCAGCCCAUCGCUGCGAGACGGGCUACCAGCCAACGCACCUUCGCUACAUCCCACCAAACCUAGACCAUCUGAAAGCAGAAGAACUUGUUGCAGCCGCUCCGGACGACGACGGCCAGGAGGAUGCGGAGGCAGGCGCCUCCAGCCGCCUUGGCGGCGAGCCCGGUGCAUCCGGCGCGGGGCCUGGGUCAUCGGCAGCAGCAGACCGGGAUGGACCAGAGGACAGUGAAGCCCUGGAGGGGCCAGGCCGAAGCGAUGGCGGAGGCGGACCAGCAGCGGCAGCAGCAAACACACCCGGGGGCGGCCGGGGACCCCUCGAAAGACCCGACCGGCCGCCCGUGCCAGAAUACCCGCCCUUCCCCGCUUCGCAAUGCGCCCGCGUUAACUUCGAGGCAGGAGCUGCUCGACAGCAGAUUGGCACCAAGACCUCGGGCAAGAAGCGGCAUCGGGGGGUACAGAACCUCCGGGGCGGUGCCCUUCUGGCGGCAGUGGAGCGACGGGGAGGCGGGGCCAGCUUUCCUAUUUGGUUCGUCUUGAACAGCCAACUUCUGGAGGUGAACGAACGCCUGCUUAAAACGCCAGGCCUAUUGUACGACAGGCCUUGUCGGGAGGGCUACGUCGCCAUCCUGUCGCCCACUGCGGACGCACUCAAGUACUUUGAGAGCCGCUUGGUUUCGGAGGCGGAGUAUCUCCGUCUCCGGGGCCUUACGGCGGAAGACCUCCUGUGA